UAUGCAGUUCAUUUAGUUAACAAGUGAAAUAAUGGGGAAGCGUGCAGUGGGAAUGCCGAAAGAAAAGCACAAAACCCUAUUGAGGGCUCUUGGCCGCUUGCAGCGUAACCGUCACAUGGCCGCAGUGGCUCCGCCGCGCCUAUUUAAGGAGGCUCCGGCGCGCCUUCAGCACCACUUCGCUGUCCACCCACCCACGGGAGAGCACGCACACACGCACCCGCACGACGCAGCGCAACCGCAACCAUGCCGAGGUCUUUUCUGGUGGAUUCGUUGAUUUUAAGGGAAGCCAACGACAAGGGGAGCGAGAACAGCCCGCCGCUGUUCCCUUACGCCGUGCACUCGGCCGGCCACCACCCGCACGGCCUGCCGGGGUCCUGCCACUCCAGGAAGGCCGGGCUGCUGUGCUUCUGCCCGCUGUGCAUGGCCGCCUCCCAGCUGCACCCUUCUCCACCCGCACUGCCGCUCCUCAAGGCCUCCUUCCCGGCCUUCUCCUCGCAGUACUGCCACACGGCCCUCUCCAGGCAGCACUCCGCAUCCAACAGCAUCAACCUCGGCCACGGCGCCGCCAUGUACCAGGCCGCCUACACCGUCCCGGACCCACGCCAGUACCACUGCAUCUCCAUCGAAAGCAGCAACAGCAAACUUCACAGCAGCAAGCGCAUGCGCACCGCCUUCACCAGCACGCAACUUUUGGAGCUGGAGCGGGAGUUCACGUCCAACAUGUACCUGUCCAGGCUCCGGCGCAUCGAGAUCGCCACCUACCUCAACCUGUCCGAGAAGCAGGUCAAGAUCUGGUUCCAGAACCGCAGGGUGAAGCACAAAAAGGAGGGCAAGAGCGGGCCCGGCGGCCCAAGGACCGCCGCGCACGGCUGCAAGUGCGCGUCCGCCGCCCGGUGCUCGGAGGAAGAGGAGGACGACAUGCCCGUGUCCCCUUCGUCGUCCUCCGAGAAGGAUGACGUGGACUUGUCCGUCUCGCCUUAAAUCUGAGGAUUUUCUUUUAUAUAUAUAUUAAAAAAAAAGCCAAAAAAAGACUGCUUCACUUGUGUACAUACAAAGAGAAUAUUUAAUCAGGGAAUUGUCCUGACUUAUUGUAUAGAGCAGUAUUCACGUUGUACGUUUGCUAUGUAGUUCUGAAAACUGGUCAAUUUGUCCACCCAGAAGGUUCAGUGUUCGAGUACAUUUCAGAUCAUGGAGGAACAUUCCCCCUUCUGGGCUAAUCCCCCUCCAAUGUUAUGUGUCACGGCAAAAAGUAUUUAUUUAUUUAAAAAUGUUGAAAUAAAAGCAUAUUUCUC